AUGGGCUCCAAAGAUCCCAUGGCGCGGCUUCUGCAGCCCUCGGGCCAUGGCCCCGAGCCGAGCGCGGAGCCGGGCGAGCUGAGCGCUCUGGGCGCCGCCCUGGUCAUUGCCAAGGUGAACUGGGGAAUCGGCAUGAUCGCCAUGCCCUUCUAUCUCCACUCUGCUGGUUUGGGCGCUGGCUUGCUCUUUUUCACGUUGAGCAUGCUCCUGGCCGCCGACGCCGCAGUGCUCACCCACCGCCUCCAAGCCACGCAGUCGUCCUCGUCGAAGGCGAGCUACGUGGCGCUGAUCCAAGGGGCGCUGGGCCCAACGGCCGGUCUCGUGGCCACGGGCUGCGUGCUGCUCGCGGGCUGGGGCUCCGCGGUGGCCUGGCUGAAGUUCAUGGGGGACAACUUGGCGCGGUUCCUGCCGCUGGAAGUCACCUCCGCGGAGUACAUCGGGUUGCUGACGUGUCCGCUGCUCCUCUGUGCCUUUCUGGACGACAUCCGCGCACUGGAGCGUUUCUCGCGGCUGGGGCUGCUGGCGGGCCAGUGCUUCGUGGCUCUGCUGGCGAUGCUGGCGGCGCCCAGCUGGCGGCAGCUGCCGCACUACGUGGCCUCGCAGCCCUUUCUGCGCUUGGACUCCUUCCCCAUCGCAAUGGGCCUCGCGGUGUUUUGCAAUGAGGGUCUGGUGGUGAUGUCUCCCUCCGUGAGCGCCUCGAUGAAAGAGCCAGAGCGCUUUGCCUCAGCGGUGGCCCUGGCAGUCACCUACUUCACGGCGAACUACCUGCUGCUGUCCUUUUGUGGCGACUUCUUAUACUCCUACGUGGCCGGCGGUGUUGUGGCGCAGGAGGUAACUCUGUCUAGCGCCUUUACCGUCAGCCCGAUCCACAGCACUGCAGUGGUUCUCUACGUGCUCCAGCUGCUGCUGACAUUUCCCUGCAGCCUCUUCGUGAUGUUUCGGAAUGUUGAGAAGAGCUGUACCAGCCAUUCGCUCGCACGAAGAGCCUGCCGGAUCGUUUUGAUCCUGUCCUUCUGCGGCGUCGCCAUGAUCCUGCCGCGCUUCGCGGACUUCCUCGCCGUGGCUGGGGCGGUGGGAAACUCGCUGUGCAUCUACAUCCUGCCUCAUCUCGCCUUCCUUGCCCAGUGCCGGAAGGGGAGCAGUGUCAGCUUCGGCGUGGGCCUCUGCCGCAUCUCCUGUUCUUGGGUAGCAGCUCAGCUGCAAGCCGAAACCGCAGAGGAGAUUGGUGUCGAUCGCCCGGGGGACGUGGAUCCUUGCGAGGUGGUCCAAAUGCUGGACCAAACCGGGCAGUUUCCACCCGCGGUGUCCCAGGCAUUGACCGACGUGGCGUUCCGGUGCAUCCGCUCGAGCUCUUCGGAGCGGCCCCUCUUCAAAGUUCUGGUGGAGGAGUUGCGGGAGCUCUACGUGGUGUCGAGUGACGGAGAAGCGCAAAGCGCGCGGAAAUCCGAAUCUGUGCCUCAAGCCCAACGUGAGCCUCCGCGAGAGCCGAUCCGCGAGUCUCGCGACACACUGGGCAAGCCGCCGGUGCGCCGCGUGGUGCUCUCUGUGGGCACCGUGGUCACAGCGCGCUGGAAGGGCACUGCCUCCUGGAUGCGGGGGCGGAUCCUGCACAUCAACCGCGAUGGCACCUUCGGAAUUCAGUGUCUGGACCGCCCGUUUGACACCGGCGAUGUGGAGUACAACGUGCCCGCCCUGAACAUCAGGGCAGCUGACAUACCUGCGGCUCCCAUGGGCUGGCGUGCGGCGCGGGAAGUGAAGGAGGUCAAAGAGGAUGUGCCUCCGCCGCCUCCGCCGCCGCCGCAGCGGGGCGUGCAACCGGCCGGCCCAAAGUGGCCUUCGGACUCCCCGGCGCCGCGGCCCAAGGCGGUGGCGCCUCCCAACCCGGACAGAACCAACGAAGCGAAGGAGAGCCCAGGCGGUGAGCUCUUGGACCCUUCCGCGGUGCCUCCCUAUCGCUUGUGGUGCGUCUACGCGGAGGGUCUGGAUUUGGCCAAGCUGAGCACUCAGCAACGCGCCCUGUCCUCCUCUGCGCCGGAGCUGGUGCUGGGCAGAACUGCCCAGGCGGAGGAAGUCUGGAAGACCCUGGUGCCCGAUAGGCGGCUCCACGGCACGGUCUCCAGAGAACACCUCAAGGUCCUGGCGCGGCCCUGUCCGGGCAAACCGCUCCAGGCCAUGUUCAGCGUGGUGUGCUUGUCGCUGAACGGCGCCCUGUUGAACCACCAAUUCAUCAGCAAUGGCUGUGGGGAGCAACCCCUGCAGCACGGCGACGUCUUGGCCUUGGCCACCUCCGUGGAGGUCGCCGGCCAGGACAGCCGCAAGCCCUUUGUCGUCUUCCAAUUCGAGGUCCUGGGCCCCAGCCCCGCGGUCAUGGCGUUGCCCACCGCCUACGGCACCGCGCAAGCGCCCCCCGCGGCGCAAGCGGCGCCGGCAGCGCAAGGGCCGGCGCAAGGGACGCAGAGAGGGCCCUUUGAUGACCUGGAGGAGACCAUCAACCAGAAGGAGCUGCAGGUCCCCGCGGGCAUGGUGGCAGGCCGUUGGCGCAGCUCCGCCUCCGUGGCCGCGCCAGAGGCCCUCUACUGCCUCGAGGUGCACGGGAACGAGCUCCGCCCGGGGCUGCCAGCAGAGGCGCGGCAGCUUUUCUACUGCUCGGAGCCUGCGACUGAGGCGUGGCCUUGCGCUCCGGGCCUUCGCGUGGGCCGCUACUACCAACGCGGCUUCUGGGAGAGGAUCCUCAGUGAGGAGAUCCUCUCCGGCGGCACCACCUGGGGCUCCAUGAUGGCCAAGGACCACUUCGACAUCCUGCCCAUCCGCAAGAACAACCCGCAGUCCGCGGAGCCCCCAGACUGGCGCUUCCGGCUCCGCGUCCUGAGCGCCGCCGGGGUGACGCUGAACUACUCCAUCGUCUGCAGCGCCGGGGACGAACGCGAACUGGGGCCCAGCGACACGCUGACCAUCACCCGACCCUCUCGGACAGCCAAUGCUGUGCGCUCGCGGUCUCUGGAUGGUCCGGCAGGGCUGCAUUUCACCUUCAUCCCGCUGGUGGGGGCCAUGGCGGAGCCCGAGCUCACCAGGUCCCCGCGGGGGGACUCCUCAGCGCCCCAGCUGCCCGAGCUCUCUGAUGGGGAGGAGGAGCGUAAGCCAGGAAACUGCAGCUUUGCCCGCGCCGGAGCUUUGCAACUCCCCACCGACGUGCAAAAUCGCGAUAGCUCGGAAGAGGAGGACAGCUCAACCGGCGCGGGUGGAAGGUUUCAGGAAUUUAAGUUCCUGGAUCACCCGAAGGCCCAGAGGCCCGGAGCCGCGCGAGCGGCUCCCGAGCCCGAGCGCCUGGAGCGCACGGAGCGCGAGGCGCGGGAAGCGCGGGAGCACGGCUUGGAGGCGAAGCUGUCGAAGGCCCUAGAGCAGAUCGCGGCCAAGGACCUGCGCCUCCGCGAGCUUGAGUCGACCCCGGCGAAGCCGGCGAACCCAGACACUCUGGCGCCGAGCCCUGCGAUACGAUGGCCGCAAACCGCGCCCACCUCGCUGGGCGACGCCGCGCGCGGCGCCCAGAGCGCCGAGGGCGCCGAGGGCGUUGCGCCGCUGAGACGGGAGAGUUCGCUCUUCUCCGUGCCCAAGGACGCCCUGCGCCUCUUCGGGCAACCACCGCCGCCAUCGGUGGCCUUGACCAUUGGCUUCGGGUCUGUAAAGCGACAGAAGGAUUACGUCCUGGACACGGUGGGCAUCAUGUUGGGCCUGAGGUCCACCAGCUCAGAGAUCUCACCGGAGGAGCGCGCCAGCGUUGUUAUCGUGGCCCACCUGGCAGAUUUCAACUACUCCUGGGUGGCGCACAUGUCUCAGCGGCUUCAGGAGGAGUACAAGGCGCUGGUGGAUGGAGGCCAGCUCCAUGCGAUUCACGCCAAAGAGGAGCUCUACCCACCACUGGACCUCUGUCCGCCUGCCUGCAAUUACAAGGAUGAGCCUCACCGGGUGAAGUGGCGCUCAAAGCAGAAUGUGGACUAUGCCUUCUUGAUGUACUAUGCUGCCAGCUUGUCCCCUUUGUACUUACAGAUUGAGGACGACAUCAACUUUGCACCGCACUGGAUCUCCAAGAUCACCGGCUACAUCUCGUCCUCCUACCCCCCAACGUUUCGUUCCAAAGAGAACGCCCCGUGGCGGCUCAUCGACUUCUCGCAGCUGGGCUUCAUCGGGAAGAUGUUCCAGGCCAGCGAGCUCACGCGGCUCGCGCAGUUCCUGCUCCUGUUCUACGACCAGAUGCCCUGCGACAUUUUGCUGGGCCAAUGGGUGCUGUCAAUGACCCAGGGCAAGAAGAUCGAGUACUGGAAGUCUCACAGCUCCCUCUUCCAACACGUGGGCAUCUUCCGGUCGCUCGGGGGCUUCCAGGCCUUGCAGGAGAAGAAGUUCGGGAAGUUGCUCUUCGACAACCCCGAAGCCAACCUGUCCCGGACUUUGACGGUGGUCCCCACUUACGACGUGAAGUUCCUCUACUUCUCCGGGGGGGAGCCCGAGGGUCGCAUGGACACCUGCGACUUCUCGGCCAGCCCCCAAAAGCAGAAGCUGAAGCGGUGCUGGCUCUGGGCCAAGAACGUGGAGGCGAAUCAGCACGUCACGGUGACCUUUGCCCAUGAGACCCAGGUCAAGGCCAUCUUCUUGGAGUUCGGCAGCGACGCCCACCCCAGCGAUCUGCUCAUCGAUGGUAUGAUCCAGGUAUCAGCAGGGCGGCCAGGCACAGUGGCCAGGCCCGGGGCACCGCCCUGCGAGAACUUCGUGGAUUUGAUGCCGGUGAAGCGCGAGCGCAUGGUGUACUGGGAGGAGGGGGCUUCCGUGCCCAAGAGCCUGCCAGUGCCACAGGUGCGGUGCUUGCGAAUUCUGGCGCGGCAGUCGCAGAAGGAGUGGCUGAUCCUUUGGCAGCUGCAGAUCCGAUCGGCGCCCAACCAGGGACUUUCACCGAGCGUGCCUGACAUGGAAGUGAAAUCCAUCGAAAACGAAAGGCCUCCAGAGCACCAGCCAGAAGAAGAGCCCGACGACCUUUUCGCACGCACAGGCUUCCGAACUGGCGAAGAGGCUUGGGCGAUGCAAGACGCCGAAGACUUGGCGGAGCUUGCCGGCCUAGCAGAGUUGGCGGAUGUGGUGGAGAGGCCGAAGAGACAAGGUGACCGCGGAUGGCUGCACAGCUUCUCUUGCUGA